GCUCAAUUAUGCUCAACUCCCCAGAAAAUCCUAAUUUUAUGGAUUUGUUUACCUCAAUUACAGUACAUUCACUCUAUGAUGAAAAUUGAGACUGACAAGAACUGAAAUAGACACCUGUCUUCUAGACUUUAACGAAUCUCCUCACGUCGCCUUGCUUACUCGGAAACAUGGCCACAUCCCAGGCCGCACUCGACGAUCAGCUUCAUCCGGUGACGGGAAACGGCACACCAUGUCGGCGCAGAAAAUCGAGCCUCAGCGCAAACCACUCCCCUCGUCAGAUUGGGUUCAGGCGAACCACCAAGUCCAAGAAGGUCCGGUCUCUUUUGCGCCGUUCAUGGAGCAUACCAUUCUUCAUCCUGCUGGCCUUCGGAUUGGUUUACGCCCUUAACCCGACCGAGUCUAAUAUCGUCCACCGCUUCAUGUUUAUGUCCUACAAGGUAGAAAACGACGAUGGUCCAGCCCAAUACGGAAAAGGCCGCUGGGAUUUCGCCUUCGUCUGCUUUUACACCGUUUUCUUGUCCUUCACGCGCGAAUUCAUCAUGCACGAGAUAUUGCGCCCCGUAGCUAGCGCAUGUGGCAUCAAGUCGAAGGGCAAGCAGUCGCGCUUCAUGGAGCAGAUGUACACAGCGGUCUACAUAUCCUUCAUGGGGCCUUUGGGGUUGUACUGCAUGAAACGGUCGCCAGUCUGGUACUUCAACACCCGGGGCAUGUACGAGGCGUAUCCGCACAAGGUGCAAAGUGGUGAACUCAAGUUCUAUUACUUGGUCCAGGCUGCCUUCUGGACGCAGCAGGCCAUCGUGAUGUUGCUAGGGAUGGAGAAGAGGCGCAAGGACUUCAAGGAGCUUGUCGCGCAUCACAUUGUCACCAUUGCGCUUAUUUUCCUCAGUUACAGGUUUCACUUCACUUAUAUGGGCAUUGCUAUUUACAUCACGCACGACAUUAGUGAUUGGUUUCUUGCG